GGCUGCGCGCGGUUGACGUGUUCGCCGGCUGCGGAGGCGGCGAGGCUCUGGGAGGGGAGGGGGUGAGGUGGGGGCUGAACCCGGAAGUGGGUCGCCGCUGGUGCGAGCGCGCCCGGAGUGGAGCUCAGCGGCCGGGAGCCAGCGGGGGAGCCCUGGGUUCCCGACCAUGAAACCCUCGGGCACGCCCCUCCAGAAGCCGUUAGCCAAGACAAUCUAGUUUUCUUUUAUGAAUCUCUUAAGACACUUAUGAAGUUUCUUGUUCUGAAAUCGCUGUACUGCAAUGAAGAAAAGGAGAAAGGUUACUUCAAAUCUUGACGAGAAGAUCCAUCUAGGCUAUCACAAAGAUUCUUCCGAGGGAAAUGUUGCAGUAGAGUGUGACCACGUGACCUACACUCAUUCUGCAGAAAGACCAACUCCUGAAGCUCUUCACUGUUAUCAGGAACUUCCUCCCUCUCCAGAUCAGAGAAAACUUCUGAGUUCUUUGCAGUAUAAUAAGAAUUUGCUCAAGUAUUUAAAUGAUGACAGGCAGAAACAACCAUCUUUCUGCGAUUUGCUUAUCGUAGUAGAAGGAAAAGAAUUUAGUGCGCAUAAAGUAGUCGUGGCUGUUGGCAGUAGUUAUUUUCAUGCGUGUUUGAGCAAAAACCCAAGCACUGAUGUUGUCACCCUGGAUCACGUAACACAUUCAGUUUUUCAGCAUUUGCUUGAAUUUCUUUACACAUCAGAAUUUUUUGUGUACAAAUAUGAAAUACCUCUUGUUUUAGAGGCGGCAAAAUUUUUGGACAUUAUAGACGCAGUGAAACUGCUAAAUAAUGAAAAUGUUGCCUCUUUUCAGUCAGAACUAACUGAAAAGCCAUCACCAGAAGAAACUCUAAGUGAACUAACUGGAAGACUGUCAAGUAAUCAUCAGUGCAAAUUCUGUAGUAGGCAUUUUUGUUAUAAAAAGUCCUUAGAGAAUCACUUGGCUAAAACUCAUAGGUCCCUUUUGUUAGGGAAAAAACAUGGGUUAACAAUGCUGGAGAGAAGUUUUUCCUCCAGAAGAUCAAAAAGGAAUCGAAAGUGCCCUGUUAAGUUUGAUGACACCAGUGAUGAUGAACAAGAAAGUGGUGAUGGCUCGGACAAUUUGAAUCAAGAAAGUUUUGAUAAGGAAAAGUCAGAUAGAAAUGAUUCUGAGGAUGCUGGAAGUGAAUAUAAUGCUGAAGAAGAUGAGCUAGAAGAGGAGAUGUCAGAUGAAUACUCUGACAUUGAAGAACAAAGUGAAAAAGAUAAUAAUGAUGCAGAAGAGGAACCUGAGGCUGGUGAUUCUGUAGGAAGUAUUCAUGAGGGUUUAACUCCAGUAGUCAUUCAGAACAGUAACAAAAAAAUAUUGCAGUGCCCUAAAUGUGAUAAAACCUUUGACCGAAUAGGGAAAUAUGAGAGCCACACCCGUGUUCACACAGGUGAGAAGCCCUUUGAGUGUGAUAUUUGUCACCAGCGCUAUUCGACCAAGUCUAACCUAACUGUUCACAGAAAGAAGCACAGUAAUGAAACAGAAUUUCAUAAGAAGGAGCACAAGUGCCCUUACUGUAAUAAACUUCACGCAAGCAAGAAGACUUUAGCCAAGCAUGUUAAGAGAUUUCAUCCUGAAAAUGCACAAGAAUUUAUUUCCAUUAAAAAGACUAAAAGUGAAAGUUGGAAAUGUGAUAUUUGUAAGAAAUCUUUUACUCGAAGACCACAUUUAGAAGAGCAUAUGAUCCUACAUUCUCAAGAUAAACCUUUUAAGUGUACCUAUUGUGAAGAACACUUCAAAUCACGGUUUGCACGGUUAAAACAUCAAGAAAAGUUUCAUCUGGGUCCUUUUCCAUGUGAUAUAUGUGGUCGUCAGUUUAAUGACACUGGAAAUUUGAAACGCCAUAUAGAAUGUACGCAUGGUGGGAAGAGAAAAUGGACUUGUUUCAUCUGUGGAAAAUCAGUACGAGAAAGAACCACUUUGAAAGAACAUUUGAGAAUCCAUAGUGGAGAAAAACCUCAUCUUUGUAGUAUUUGUGGGCAAAGUUUUCGUCACGGAAGUUCAUACAGACUUCACUUACGAGUACAUCAUGAUGAUAAAAGGUACGAGUGUGAUGAAUGUGGAAAAACAUUUAUUCGUCAUGAUCACCUUACAAAGCACAAAAAAAUACAUUCAGGUGAAAAAGCUCAUCAGUGUGAAGAAUGUGGAAAAUGUUUUGGUCGUAGGGAUCAUCUCACUGUUCAUUACAAAAGUGUACAUCUUGGAGAGAAAGUGUGGCAAAAAUACAAAGCAACAUUUCAUCAAUGUGAUGUUUGUAAGAAAAUUUUUAAAGGCAAAUCAAGUCUGGAAAUGCAUUUUCGGACCCAUUCAGGUGAAAAACCAUACAAGUGUCAGAUUUGCAAUCAGUCUUUUAGAAUUAAGAAAACGUUAACAAAACACCUGGUUAUUCAUUCUGAUGCUCGCCCUUUCAACUGUCAGCACUGUAAUGCAACAUUUAAGCGGAAAGACAAGCUGAAAUACCACAUUGACCACGUCCAUGGGAUAAAAUCUCCUGAUGAUCCUCUCAGUGCUUCUGAAGAAAAACUUGUGUCCUUGCCAGUGGAGUACUCAUCCGAUGACAAAAUUUUUCAAACAGAAACAAAACAAUAUAUAGACCAGCCCAAAGUUUAUCAGCCAGAAGCCAAGACUCUGCUGCAGAACGUGUCUGCUGAGGUAUGUGUUCCAGUGACACUGGUUCCAGUUCAGAUGCCCGACCCCUCCAAUGAUCUGGUGCGUCACACUACCACACUGCCACCUUCUUCUCACGAGAUCCUGUCACCCCAGCCUCAGGCAACUGAUUACCCACGAGCAGCUGAUUUAGCUUUUCUGGAAAAAUACACUCUGACUCCUCAGCCAGCAAAUAUAGUUCAUCCAGUCCGACCUGAACAAAUGCUAGAUCCUAGAGAACAGUCUUACCUGGGAACAUUACUGGGCCUUGAUAACACUACUGCUGUUCAGAAUAUUGCUCCUGAUGAGCAUCACCCGUGAGGAGAGCCAGACAUUCCAUAGACCUUCUACGGUGAUGUGCUGAUGGGAGCCAGGAGCUGGUGGCUUCUAAAUGAGUAAGACUGCUAUUAUUUCAUCUUCUCGAGUUUCUCAAGUCCUCAGAACACUUGCAAAUCAAGAAAAACCAUUUCUGUUUACUGAACAUCUGAAUAUUUGGACACAUUUUUUGCCAUAAAUGAACAUUUUUGUGAUUUUUUUUAAAGAUAGUUUAGUGCUACUUUUUAGUGGGCUUUCAGACUUUCAGAAUUAGCUACUGACAUUAUGGGGUUUUUGUUUGUUUGUUUGUUUAGACAUCAUUGCAAAUUUUUAUUCUUUUGUUUAAUUCUUUUAUCCCUUCUCCAUUUUACAGACAAGUUUAAGGACUGUGUAGCUUUUAAGAAGGAAUGUAAGACCAUACUGGUAAUUGUAAUGGUUCCUAUCCUAACUUCAAUUCAUUAUUCUUUCACCCAGGUUUUUUUUAAGUCGAAAUUAGGUACUUAAAUUUAUAAGAAAAUCUUAGAUAUUUCUGUGUUGCCUUCCCAUUGAUCCAUAAUCCAGAUUAUUACCCUUUGGACAUUUAACAAACUCAAAGCCAGGAAGCUAAUUGAUGUAGGGUUAUCUUGUUAAAUGAAAUGUAGGAUUGAAAUAAUUAUCCACAUAAUUGACUUUUUCCCAGUCUUCAGUUACUGUGAAUAAGAAAUAUAAACAUAGGUCUAGAUAUCAAAUUUAAAAGAAAAAUAUGACAUAAACUUGUCUAGUUAUCUUUAACAUUAAGUUCACCUUCGGUGUUUUGAUAUUUAUUUCAGAAACAUUAACGACACAUUGCAACAUACAUCUUCAUCUCACUAAGGAAGUGGCAGUUUAAGUGAUGUGGUUUAAUUCAACAUGCUGUUUUUGCUUUCAUUUACUUUGGCUGAGGGAGACUUUGGGAAGCAGGAUCUAGAGAUUUCAUGUAUAAUUGUUAGAAACAGUGCCAAAUUAUAAAUUUGUGUCUCAUUUAAUUCAGUGUUGAAUUAAGUGGAAGCACUUCUUGUAUACAGAUUUUCACGUAGUCCAGAUCAUCACCUUUGCUUUCACAUAGGCCUAAUGCCUAUCGUAUCCUUGGUUUUUAUUUUUGUAUGAGACAAAAAGUUGAGGACUUGGUGAAAGAAAAUAGCAGUUACCAUAAAGCCUCAUUGAUUAAAUUUAAUUGAGAAAAAAGUAAGAAUGAUAAAAUACCUUUAAAGACAUGCACUUUCCCUAUUUUCAAGUCAAUUUAACUUAAACUAGGAGAACAUUUCCUAGUAGAGUUGCUUGAGGAUUAGACUAGGCAGGGUUGAUUUAUUAUUAGCAUGUCAUUUGUAUAUAAACUACUGGAAAAUAAUAGUUUCUAAAGUUUUCUAUUUCAGUUUUGUUUACACUCCUAAUUGCGUUAAGCACUUUGUGUGUGUGUGUGUGUAUGUGUGUAUGUGUAAACUGUAAAGGCUGGCCUGGCCCUUGUGAAAAGGAAAAUCACAAAUAAAAUAAUGACCUUUUAAUGAGUAAAGUCAAACCAGUUAGUAAUGGCAGGAACUGUUUGUUGAAGCACUUAAGAAAUGAAGGUACUUUACAGGAACAUUUGCCAUACUAGUGAAGAUAAAACAAAGGAAAGAAAUGUUGAGAAUUGAGGCAGUUAACCAAAGCUGUUCUUAAAAUAGUAAAACCAACCCGAGUUUUGCCUCAUUUAUCAAAGUUUGUUUGUAAUUUUCUUAAACCAGUAGAUAUAAUGACUAUAUUCUUCUUUUUAAAGCAUUCUUAUUUACUUUGUGUGGAGAUGUUAUAUCUGGGGUACUUACAUGAUUGAGCUUGACUAAAUGUGGUACUUUUAGUCUGUUAGUCUUUCAAAUUGACUUAUUAAAAAUACUUACCUUUAUGAUUUUUAUCAUAAAGACUGACAAGAUUGUAACUGAAAUCUUACUAUAAUGAAAAAUCAUACCUAAAAAUAUACCCUGUCUUAUGUAGAAAAUUUGGACUUACAAAAAGGCAAAUGGUAUAUGUAUGUGUAUGUAUAUGAUACAUGUUCGGUAGCAGAAAAAGAGGAUAUUGCAUUUUCACAUUGAAAAGAAUACUUUGCUUUUUGAAGGUGUUUACUUGAGGGUUCUUUUAAUAAUGUCCUAAUGCUUUAAAUAUAUGAUUUAAUUGUAGGAAUUGGUUUACAUAGAACUGUUUUGGAAUAAUCUCUUAUGUAAAGUAGAAUACAGUUGUAUAAUUGUAUUUGGUUAUUAUUGUAGAUAUCUUGAAUAGCGGUUUACUGUUUUAUAAAAUGCUUUCGUACAUAUUAUCUCAUUUGAACCUCAUAACCAGCUCGGAAAUAGAAAGAGCAUGUGGUAUACCCAUUUUGGAGAUGAAGAAUCUGAGGUUAAGCUCGAAGGAUUCCUUUAAGCUCGCGUGUCGAGUGAGUGGCAAGAGCUCAUGCUGGGGAAGGAAGCCAACGAGCAUUAACGAAUGCUUACUCUGUGCCAGGCACGACAUUCCCUCCCAUCUGAACCUAGUCUGGGAGGUAGGUAAUAUCAUUCUUAGGAAGAAAUGGGUUUAGUAGGUGGAGAAACAAAAUGAAACAAACAAAUCUGCUGUCUCUAAUUUCCAAAAAUUUAAACAAUUUUAAAAUUGUGGAAACCUCAUGGAUUUAGGCAAACUGAAUGUAUGUAAGCUUUAGAGGUUGGCACAAAGAAUAUAAGAUGAGGCCUCGUCUUCUCAGUUGACCUUUUAUAAUAUUUGAUUUAGCGUAUGUUAGACAAAUGUUUUAUAACUAAAAUUCAUUUAUUUUAUAACUGUACUUAAAAUUUUGAGUCUUGCGACUAAGUUUAGCCUUAUUCAGAAUGUUUUAUUUUAUAAGCAUAAUUUAUUGUUUUAAAUUAAUUUUUUUUGCAGAUAGCAGUUAGCACUUAAUCUGUAAAUUGAAUAAUUUAUCAAGUGCAGAAAUUUGUUAACCUAAUCGGUUUUGACUUAAAUGCACCAAAGACUUUUAGUAGGUAUUAAAUAGUUUAAAAGAAUUUAAAUUCUGUGUUGUUUGAAUAAAUAUUUGUCCAAAGAAGCACAGUUGAAGUCCUAGGAUAGUGGAGUUUUUUAAAAAUCGUUAGUUUGAAUACCGAAAUUAGGUAUUAAGUGUUUGUGUUUAUAUGCAUCAAAUAAGAGCAGAAGAAAAUACUCUGGGAAUAGUCAGACUUCCAAACCAAUUAAUUACAGGGAGGAAUAUUCAGUUUUCCUCAGUUUAAUUAGUUGAAUGUUAUGUUUUUAGUGAACACUAUUACAUGCUAAUAUGCCUUUUUUUUACACUACACUAUCAAAAUAAUUUUUGCUUUAGAAAUUUUUUUAAGUCAAGUUGAAGUUAUUUUUGUAAGAAACCCCACCUAUUUUUGCAGCCUAAAAUUAUAGUUUGUUCCUCAUGCCAGCAAAAUUUAACCGACAACUAUACAGGUAGUGAUCUUUGCUUACUCUUUAAAUAAUUUAGACAUUCAUUGCUGGGAGAAGAGGAAUAACAAAAAUAGGGGUUUAAAUUGGUGCUUUAUUAAGUGACUUCCUUUUAAAUGAUGGUAGGUCAUGAAAUACACUAAAAAUUUCCUAUCAGUCUUACAAAGUGUUAAAGCAUCUUUAUAGGGUGACUAUAAAGUGUUAGUUAAGGGCUAAUACUCAAUUAAAUAUCAUUCAUUGUUUUCACUCUAUAGUUGUAAACAAAUUAAAAACACAGUUAAACUGGUAUGUUUAUAAGCUUCAGUUUUUCUUACCAUAUCACUCUUAUCAUUGAUGAAAAGUCAGAUUUUGAGCAGUAGCUCUUUGGCAGUGUCCUUUCAUACCCAGUCCUUUCUGGAUUCAAUGCUUUGUGCCUUUUCAAUGUAUUGUGGUUGCUUAGUGUUGAUUCUGCUGGCUAGAUUGUACUGGUAGUAAUAAUAAUAGUAACAAUCCUUUUUCUUGUUUUGGUUAUGAGCCUAAUGGUCGUGUUGCCUGCUGGUUGGGCAACAACUUUUUUUUAGGUUUCUUUAUAUUUGGAGAUUGGCACUUAGUAUUAGUUGGACGUUUGGUUUUAUGAUUUAUUUAUCUUUUUUUUUUUUUUUAAAUCUCUAUUUUGACCUUUCUUGUUCUUGUGAAGCCACUCCUGGGCCUGUCUCUAGAUGCUUAUUAGAGGAAUCUGACAAAUAAAAUGCGUAGUUUGUCUGCCUCUCUGUCUCUAUCUCUCCCUUCAUUUUUUUUUUUUUAAAUAACCAGUUACAAAAUAACCAUACAACUCUGCACUGAAUGACUUCUUAUUUCAGUUUGCCUAAAACUGAACAAGAGGUGACGGUUUGAGAUGAGUUUCUCAUAAAGAGCAGCAACAUCCCAACCAACCUGGAUCUUGAGUUAUGAACUCAGGAAAAACUAGGGCUUUUAAAUGAAGUAAUAUUUGAAUAUUCUAAGAUUCAGUGCCAAAUUUAAAAUGACUAAAAAAGUAUUCUUUAAUAAGAAACAAGUAGCAUUUCUUAAAGCAUUAUGGUAAAUGUUACUUGCUGCUAGACUGAAUAGUGGAUAAUGUGAGAAUAAUUUCGGUUUCUAGGAGCUAGACAUUUUUUUCUUAGAUCCUUCUCUUGUGCACAUUUCUCUCAGCAUAGUUUGUAGUGGUUUCUUUGGGACCCUCCUCACCUCCUCUAAAAUUAAUUUUAAUUGAGAUACUUUCUCCUUAGAAUGUUAGCAUGCUUUCUGCUCUUCCUUUUUGGAAAUAGCAUUUAUAAUAAGUAAUAAGAUUAGGUUGUGCGGAAGAUGAGAGAAAAACGGUUUGGUAGAGAGUGUUUAUGUUUCGCUUACUUUUUAUGUUUCAACUUGGCUGUAUAAUGAUCUUCAGUCUUUAUCUCUUGAAAAAAAUCCCAAGCAAUUUAAAUUUAGCCUUUGCAGCCAUUUGUGUAAGGAGAAAUUAAGGAUUAUGUUCAGAGCAUGGAGGGUUAUACAAAGGUGAACAUAACCUCUCCCCCACACACACACCAAAUUCUUAGGCAAAAAAAGUAAUUUCAAUGCUUGUAUUAUGUUGGAGCUUCUAGAACAUUUCUUAUUAAUGAAGAGCAUGUACACAAUUCAUUGUUACUGUGCCUCUGCUUGGUAUUCCUGCUUGCAUUAAAGUUGGACAAUGUACUGUGGCGUAAUUAUAAAAUUUGUAUUCCUUCCAGCAAUCAGACUCUUACCCCAUAGUUGAAACUAUUGCAAUUGAUGAGUGUGGCUGCCAAUGAUACACAAAGCUGGGGAUUUAACUGCUCCCUGUUGUGUGUAAAUGUUCUGAUGAAGGGAAUUUAUGAUGUACAUUAAAGUAGAAAUGCUUUUGAACUUGUUUCGGUCUCAAAUCAUAAUUUUUGUUUUUAAUUAAGGACACUUUUAAAAGCAGUUACAAAGGCAAUUCUGAAAUAUCAAAACGCAUUAUUGUCAACUGUGUGUAAAGUAUCUUGUGAGUUUUAUAGAUAUUUUGGUUGUCUCGUUUCUUACGUACAAAUGUCUUUAUAGAAAAAUUCAGUUCUCUGUGAAGAAUAGAAAGUGUAUUGUAUAUUGAACUAGUUCUUUGUGUUAUUUUGAUAUUUAAAAUAAAUACAAAGUUCCUUGGUCCUAA